AUGAAGCCCCUCGGACAAUCUUUGAUUCACCUGGCGCUGCUUACCGUCCAGCUUGGUUCCUUCACUCACGGAGCCGCUGUCUCACAAGGAACUGCCCAUAAAAAGCGCUCGUCAUUCCUCAACCCAGCGACAGAAAAAUUUCUGAUCAAUGGGACCUCGUUGCCAUAUGUGCCUUUCGACAUAGGCGAGUCCUAUGGUGGCGUGUUGCCCGUGGGCAGCAGUGUAAACGGCUCAGUGCUUCCUAGCAAUAUCACAGAACAGCAGCUAUAUUUUUGGUUUUUCCCAUCUGACAACCCCGAGGCCACAGAUGAGGUCCUGAUAUGGCUAAAUGGAGGACAAUACGUCCCAUACAUUGCGAACGCAAUGCUUGACCGGGAAGACACAACGUACUUCAACCUACAAGGAUCAAUGAUAUAUGAUCCUGCGAUAAAUGAAGACGUUCCUCUUGUCGAAGUCCCAAUGUUGGCAUUCACGGAGUACUGGCAGAAUCUACUCAAACUUAACUCAACUUUCCUCGACUAUAUCCGUCGCCAACACGCUGAGGCGGGAUACACAUCCUUCUACGAAGAAUAUUUUACUUUCCCUCCCAAAGGUGUAUUUCCCAGCGCAAACAACUCAGCAGACUUCUCCUCACGUAUUCGGGGCCUUAUCAGCGACGCAAUGACUCUACAAGAGCCUUGCUUCAACGUCUAUCAUAUUACAGACACCUGUCCGACGCUUUGGACCUGGAAUGCUGAGGAUGCAUUCCCCUUGGCCCCAUUUACGCAGGCAGGAAUACAGGAUCCACAGCUCAAUGUUGGCGACCAAGGUCCUUAUUAUAAUCUGACUGUCGUACGGGACGCUAUCCAUGCUCCUGUGGGACGCGAGUGGAAUGCCUGCAGUCCGGAUCCAGUGUUUACAAACCCUUCUAAUGCUACUUCAGGCGAUGGGUCGCCACGAGCACAGCUCACCGUCAUGCCAGGGGUAUUUGAUCGAACCCCAGGCUUAAGCAUUGUUGCAAACGGACAGUUCGACAUGCUCAUUCCUUCGAAUGGCACCUUGUUUUCUCUGCAGAACGUGACGUGGCGCGGUGCCCAAGGGUUCAGCGAAUACCCGCCCAACACCCUACAGAUUCCGCACUCAGGGCUCAACGCCAGUGACGAGAACGGGCCCUGGGGUAGCUUCACGAAGAUUGAGGGUGCAGGUAGGAGUGGGGAGAUGGGCAAGUGGGUGUUUGAAAGGGGUGUAGGCUUUGUGGACGUGGCCUAUGCAGGGCAUGGAGUUGGGCGUUAUAACGCGGCGGCUAUGUUCAGGAUCAUCGAAGUCCUUCUCGGACGCGUCGGCGUUGAAGAGGGCUUUGGAGGGGCAGCGUGGAGUGUAGACAUAUCUGCUCCAGGUCUCCUCGGCAACGUGAAGGCGAUGAUGGCAAAUCAUGUGCUGGAGACGACGAGGAAAACCAGGAAGGAUUUCUUAUCUUCUGAAGUCCUCAUCUGA